GUAUUUUACUUAAUAUUGAGAUACAAUAUUGGGACGUUAGUGGGUGUUCGCAAAAGUAUAAAUUUGCAAAAUUCAUCAUAUAAUUUAUUAAAAAUAUUUAUUUGCUUCAUUUUUUAGAUCAAAUAUGUGGAGCAAAUGACUGGUUAUAAACGACUCAAACGUGGUUAUCGUCCAUUAGCUGACAGACUUCAAGAGCAAUUGGAUUUUACUGCAGUUCACUCCCCUUCUGAUCCACUAUACCAAUACCAAUGGUACUUGAAAAACGACGGUCAAUCCCAAGGCAAACCCCGGUUGGAUUUGAAUGUAGAAAAGGCUUGGGCACUUGGAUAUACAGGCAAAAACAUAACCACAGCAAUAAUGGAUGAUGGAGUUGAUUAUAUGCAUCCAGACUUGAAAUUAAAUUUUAAUGCUGAAGCGAGCUACGAUUUUAGUUCUAAUGAUCCUUAUCCCUAUCCACGCUACACCGAUGAUUGGUUUGUGUGUUUGUUAUUACAGUCAAACCUCAUUAUAGGAUACACAGAAAUUGGAUACUUUGUAGAAUACCCUCUGUUUAACAUACAGCUCAUUAUAAGAGAAACCCUCUAUCUAACAGACGCCUUAUUAUAA